AUGAUGCCACCGUUGGGCUACAACACGGUCGCCGGUACUGGAGCUUGUAUACCUUUAAACGGCACAGUGCUUUUCCCGGCCAGUAUCUUUAAACGAAAUAGCCUUACCUCAGCUGAUCGAGACUCAGGCAAUGGCGACAGCUUGGAUGUCUGCACUCCGAACGGCUUUCCGGCCCCCUCAGCAGGAGGACUACUCGUUCUUAACGGUGUUGGGCAAACACCGAUUGUUCCAGGAACGGUCACCUCCUGUGGGCUUAUAGUCACAGGCAACAACUAUUCAGGUCCAUUCUUCACUGGUUCCAACAAAUCAGUUAUGUUAUCCUCAGCCCGUCAAGCAACGGGCAAUUUAGUUGUUACGUCAGUGAUUGGUGGCCGUACCCUUCAUAAUGAGGAUGAAAUUGUCUCAAGUCAAUUGGAAACUCGAUCAAGGGAAGAUGAUAUAGGUGCUGAAAUAGAUUCUUUGAAACGGGUCAACUUUCAAAAUAUAAACGACAACAGUAAAAUGAGUAGCUUUUCAACUGCUCAAGACAGGGUCUCAUUCGGGGAAGAGGAGACGGCACAAACAAUGGUUAGAAAAACUGGGAAAUUAAAAGAGACUGUAGUAGAUUCAGACAAGGUGGUCACAUUCAGAAGAGCACCAAACGGAAUUGGCUUUUUGCAAAGAUAG